AUGAUGAUAUCCCUAACAUCCGCAUCCGGAACAAUGUGCCGAAUUUGCCACGUGUCGUCGUCGACUCGUUCCAACCCUCUGAUCUCUCCUUGUCGAUGCUCCGGAACGUUGCUCUUUGUGCACAAAGCGUGUGUUGUGAAAUGGCUGGAAAUGUCGACGCGAAAGAUGGUGCCAUCACCCCGAUGCGAACUGUGUGGAUAUGAUUUUAAGCGAGGAAAUAUAUUUCAAAUGAAAUCUCUUCAUGUACCAAUUGUGGAUCGAGCCUCAUGUCUUUUGAAUGUUUUAUUCCUGAUCACUAUUCUGAUUAUGAUAUUUUGCGGGUAUUUUACGAUUCAAUUCAUUCAGGAGAAUGCGUUGUUGAAGCGGAGAUUAUUCACCCACGCCUCGACAAACACUGCAUACACCUGGAAGCGCCGCGGCUAUUUCAGUGGCAAUGGAGCGAACAGUGCAGACGGUUCGGAUGUCUCUGAUGGAUACUUCUCAAGAACUCCCGUUUCUUCCCUUUUCGAUAUUAAAGUGGUCAUGUGUGCCAGCAUGUUCCUAAUCUCCUUCAUUUUGGCACUUUUCACGCAGUACAAAGCCGAGUCUACAGUAUUCCGAUGCAUUUUUCGAUUUUUUGUGAUCAAUCAGAAUUGGAUGAUUAAAGAUUAUGAUAUUAAAAACGACCCCGAAAUGGCUCAUCGUCGUCUUCAGAAGACGUCAACGUCGCCCGCGUCACCGCCAGUGGCUCUUUCGGCUUCCGAUAUGUGUCUAAAUGUGUCUGCGUAG